UACAACUCUGGAGCAUCAAAUAGAGGAAGGCACACCGGGGAGAUAAGUGCUGCUGCGCCGUUUUGGAGUGGACUUAUUUGGGCACUUUUUACGCACGCAUGUUACGCACUGGGACUAACUGGAAUUAAUGAGAUCUGACGAUUUUUGAUGAUUUUAUGGAAUAAAGCAUCUUAAAACAUGAUUCUAAAUAUAAAGCAUAUCCUGUGGAUAUAUUGCCUCUGUGAAGCUGCAACUGCAACAGCCCUUAACACAUUAUCAAUAAUCAAACCAGUCACUGGGUCCCUCUCGGGGAAGGUCAACCUUCCCUGCUUCUUCUCCAUCAUCCCAACCUCAGCACCAGUUAUCAGACCCAAUGGAACAGCCCUUAACAGUGGAGAUUACUUGCGGAUCAAAUGGACCAAAAUCGAGGGAGGAGUGGAAUCCACAGUGCUGGUGGCACAAAAUGGUGUUAUCAAAAUAGGCUCUAUCUACAGGAAUCGUGUAUCAGUGCCCAGUCACCCCGAGGAUGUAGGCGAUGCCUCACUAACAAUGGUCAAGCUGCGUGCCAGUGAUGCAGGAACUUAUCGCUGUGAGGUCAUGUACGGCAUUGAGGACACACAAGAUACAGUUAACCUUGAUGUCGAUGGUGUGGUUUUUCACUACCGUGCAAGCACCAGUAGGUACACUAUGGACUACCAGACGGCCAUCAAGACUUGCCAGGACAUCGGAGCAACUAUUGCUACGUAUGAGCAGCUGAAAGCAGCCUAUGAGGAUGGUUUUGAUCAAUGUGAUGCUGGCUGGAUUGCAGACCAGACAGUGAGAUACCCGAUUACCAGGCCAAGGAAAGGCUGUUAUGGAAACCUUAAGAGUAAACCUGGAGUUAGGUCAUAUGGGACCAAGAAACCCACGGACACUUAUGAUGUUUACUGUUACGUAGACAAACUUGAUGGUGAGGUAUUCUAUGCUCCCGUGACCCGUAAGAUGACUUUUGAGGAGGCAGCUGAAGAAUGUAAGAAGAAGGGGGCUGUUCUGGCGAGCCCUGGUCAGCUCCAUGCUGCUUGGAGGCUUGGUCUGGAUAGGUGCGACUAUGGCUGGCUUUCUGAUGGCAGUGCACGAUACCCAGUCGCAGUACCCCGAAUGCAGUGUGGCGGGGGCCUGAUAGGUGUCAGGACUAUGUACCGAUACAGAAACCAGACCGGCUUCCCAGAACCAACUAAGAAGCUUGGAGCAUACUGUUUCAAAGGAAGGGCAUUGGUGUUCAACCAGACUUCCUACAUUGAUGUGUCUGUGGUAGAGACCACCACCACCAUCAGCUCCACAACCUCUGUCCCAUUAUUGGAGAGCAGCACCACUACACAAAGUCCAACAUCUGAAACAGUAUCCAAGGCAGAAGAGUCUCCAGUUCCAUCCAUGUUCUCAACUAGUAUGGCUCCACCACGCCCCACUCCAGCAGGCAAAGAAGAAGAGUUGAUCACCACAGUUGCACCAACCAUCAAAGAAGAACAUGAGGAUGAUGUCACAGCUGCACCAGACUUGGAUAUUGAUGACUUUUUAAGUGAAAAUGUAACUGAUGAGGAAUUUGUUCCCCAUCGGGGUGACACAUUCACAGAAUCCCAAAGCACAACAGAAAGCCCUGAUACCACAGAAUCUGUAUCCAAGCCUGUGGAGGAGCCAGAUGAUCACUCUGUAAUUGAGAUUAACACAAUCCAACCUGAUAUCCCCAAACCAGAUGAGUCUGUAAUUACAGAGCCAAUGUUUGCGGAAGGGAAGACGGAAGAAACUAUUUUGGAUACUGUGAUUACCACAGCGAUGGCCUCUGACAUCACUGACACACCAACAGAGUCAACUGAACUGUCUAGCGUGGAAGAGCUAAGUCCCUCAGAAUCAACAUCCACUACCACCGAGCCUCAUUCAACAACAUUCCCUGACUAUGGUCAUGACAUUGAUGAGAUUGACAUUGAUUAUGGUGUAGAAGCAUUGCCACCUUCUUGGCCAUCUCAGCAGGUCCUCUUACCCGGCCCCUCUGAGAGCACUGAGUUUAUUGACUCAACAGCACUCCCCACUGACACUACCUUUAUGUGCAACACCCGGCCUGGCAGUGAGAUGGAGAUUACAACCACAGAACCACCAGAGAGUACCACAGCAGAAGCAACAACCACCACAGAACCACCAGAGAGUGCCACAACAGAAUCAACAAACACACCACACAUGGAGGCUGUUCAGACAUCAGCUGUAUCUUCAACAGUCACCACCCUACUGAUUGACAGUGGAACCUCAGCGGAGGAUGUGACAUUAUCAACAAGUGUACACAUCUUUGAUGAGUCCAGCACUCACCUGCCAGAGCAUGGUAGUGACAACCUUACAGAGGAGGCCACUACAGCAGAGAUUGGCACUGAGUUUUUUACAUCUGCACCUAAGGUUACAUCUGGGACUGACAAGACAACGGCUCCAGGAGCAGUGGGCCCGAGUCAACGUUCGGCCACUGUCAUGCCAGUGCAGAAUGUAUCAGUUGACCAGCGUCUACAGCCAAAAGAUUCUCAGUCUUCGCCCAUUCCAGUUGUCCCUGAUAUUUCAACUCCAUCCAUUGCUGAUGGUGAGCUCAUCCUGCAGAGUAGAGACCCAGACAUUCAGUCCCAACUUGCUGCAACAGUCACUCCAACUGUUAACGUUAUGAGUGGUAAACAGGAGGUAGCAUUGGAGCCAAAGAGCCAAGAAGGAAAGGAGGCCAAAGAGAUCCCAGAUGUUGAUAAAUACGACCCAGAUAUAAUCCUGAUUGUUACUUCAACACCGUCUCAUGUAAUCCCAGAGUUACACCAGCAGAGCCACAGGUUACUAAAGCUCCCAAAGAAACCCAAACAACAAAACCUGGGAGUGCUACUUCUGUCAUCCCCACAACAAUAG